CGUUUAUCGGUGAGGGAAUAUCGCAGGCUCCUCUUGGAUUUACAGUCAGUGUGUGGCUGGGGUUCAAAGCGCAAGAUCAAUGAAUGACUGAAUCUUUUUCUAUUAACAGAUUCAUUAGAAUGAACCGUCCGAAAGAACCGAUCCACUAAAAUGAAUCGACUCAUGAAUACCACUUGAGGGACAUGUUCAAAUGCGUUUCAUCAUCAGCUCCGCAAACGUUAAAAACGCGCACCACCGCCUCGCGCUUGGAAACCAUUCUCGUUACUAGGAAAUCUUGACGAUUUUCAAAAGCGAGUCUUUCAAAAGUCGAAUAGAAAUGGCGAUAGCGUGAAUACUUUCUGUUUGGUUACGUGCUCCCAAAACACCGGUGCGUAAAAGCGCAAAACUCGUUUCGAUGGCUUACGGAAAGGAUUUAUCAGGCUGUUCUCUCUAAGAGCGAGGUAAACAGAGAUUGCGGGUGGUAAAUAGAGAUUGUGGGGGUAAAUAGAUCUGUCUCUUUAAGUUGGUGUGAAAGCCGAUUAACGCUGAUCUCGGUCGUGAUUUUGUUGUACCGUCUGUUGACCGGAUCUAUUUUUGUUUUACGUCUCUGCGCGCACUUUAGGGCGUACGUUUAUUUAUCUGUCCCUUUUGACGUCUUGAACUAGCUUUUCGUGUGUUAUAUACGCCUUUCUGGUAGCGCGCUUCUCCAUCCCCGUGCGUAAUUACGCGUUACGCGCGAGUGGAAUCCCCUUGACGCUCAGCGGCGGCGCGCGCUGGGCUGAACUUCACACCAUCUUCAUCUCAGUGUGUGAUCGUCAGUGUGUGAAGAAGACGAUGGGCUCAGUGUGACACCCAGGGCUGUGAAGAUGCAGAAGAGCGUGCGCUACAAUGAGGGACACGCGCUCUAUCUGUCCACGGUGGCGCGUAAAGACGGCGUCAAGCGCGGCUAUCUGAGUAAAAAAGCGGCGGAAAACAGCCGCUGGAACGAGAAAUACUUCGCGCUUUACCAGAAUAUUCUCUUCUACUUUGAGAACGAGCAGAGCGCCAGGCCUUCUGGGAUUUAUCUGCUGGAGGGAUGCACCUGCGAGAGGGUUCCAGCUCCAAAGGUGUCAACCAUUGGAAAGGAGACUUCGGAUAAACAGCAGCUUUAUUUCCUGGUGAUCUUCGGUCACGAUGGACAGAAACCUCUGGAACUGCGGACGGAGGAAGAUUCAGACUGUAGCGAGUGGGUGGAGGCCAUUCAGCAGACCAGUUACUCUGAUCUCAUCAUCGAGCGGGAAGUUCUCAUGCAGAAGUACAUCCAUCUGGUGCAGAUCAUGGAGACCGAGAAGGUGGCGGCCAAUCAGCUGAGGACACAACUGGAAGAUCAAGAUACAGAGAUCGAGAGACUGAAGGCGGAGAUUGUUGCUGUAAAUAAAGCCAAGGAGAGGAUGUUACUCUAUCAGUCCAACCAGGAGGAGGAAGAUCCAGACAUCAAGAAAAUCAAGAAGGUGCAGAGCUUCAUGCGCGGUUGGCUCUGCCGGAGGAAGUGGAAGACCAUCGUGCAGGACUAUAUCUGCUCGCCUCACGCCGAGAGCAUGAGGAAGAGAAACCAGAUCGUCUUUAACAUGGUUGAGGCCGAGACGGAGUACGUCCAUCAGCUCUCCAUCCUCGUCAACUGUUUCCUGCGGCCGCUCCGAAUGGCCGCCAGCUCCAAAAAGCCCCCCAUCAGCCACGAUGAUGUCAGCAGUAUCUUCCUUAAUAGCGAAACCAUCAUGUUCCUUCACGAGAUUUUCCAUCAGGGCUUGAAGGCGCGUAUAGCCAACUGGCCAACGUUAGUUUUAGCUGAUCUGUUUGACAUCUUGCUGCCAAUGCUGAACAUUUAUCAGGAGUUUGUGCGGAACCAUCAGUACAGCCUGCAGGUUCUGGCCAACUGCAAACAGAACCGAGACUUUGACAAACUGCUGAAGCAGUACGAAGCGAACGCUGCCUGUGAGGGCAGAAUGCUGGAAACCUUCCUCACGUACCCCAUGUUUCAGAUCCCGCGAUACAUCAUCACUCUUCACGAGCUCCUCGCGCACACGCCUCACGAACACGUGGAGCGCAAGAGUCUGGAAUUCGCCAGAUCCAAACUGGAGGAACUAUCCAAGAUGAUGCACGAUGAGGUGAGCGACACGGAAAACAUCCGUAAGAAUCUGGCGAUCGAGCGGAUGAUCGUGGAAGGUUGUGACAUUUUGCUCGACACCAGUCAGACGUUUGUACGCCAGGGGUCUCUGGUCCAGCUGCCGUCUGUCGAGAAGGGGAAACUCAGUAAGGUGCGUCUGGGUUCACUUUCUCUCAAGAAGGAGGGUGAACGGCAGUGUUUCCUGUUUACCAAACACUUGCUCAUCUGCACCCGGACCUCCAGCGGAAAACUGCACCUGCUCAAACAGGGAGGAACGCUGUCUCUGAUCGAGUGUGCGCUGAUCGAGGAGCUGGACGCCAAUGAUGAAGACUAUUAUUCUACCGGUCAGGGAUUCAACCAUCUGGAGUUUAAGAUCGUGAUUGAACCUGCUGACGGCCCAUCGUUUUCUGUGGUUUUGCUCGCUCCGUCUCGACAGGAGAAAGCCGCCUGGACCAGCGACAUCAGCCAGUGCAUUGACAACAUUCACUGUAAUGGCUUGAUGACCAGCGUGUUCGAAGAAAACUCAAAAGUCACCGUUCCUCACAUGAUCAAGUCUGAUGCCCGGCUGCACAAGGAUGAUGUUGACAUCUGCUUCAGCAAGACUCUGAACUCCUGUAAGGUCCCACAGAUCCGUUACGCCAGCGUUGAGAGGCUCCUGGAGCGUCUGACCGACCUGCGCUUUCUGUCCAUCGACUUCCUCAACACCUUCCUGCACACGUAUCGCAUCUUCACCACCGCCACCGUGGUGAUGGACAAACUGGCCGACAUCUACAAGAAACCCUUCACGUCUAUACCCGUCAGGGUUCAGUAUCAUUCAUCCGACCGUUUGUCCAUCUCCUCCAUCUGUCCAGACUACAGUCUGAAGAUCACGAGACUCGCGCUGGACCAGUCCAAGUCCCUUGAACUUUUCUUCGCCACAAACCAGGGCCCCUGGAGCGGAGAGCACCUAAAUAACAAAUCCCCGCGGCUGUCCCGCAAGUUCUCCUCCCCCCCGCCCGUAUCCAUCACGUCCCGCGCCGCUUCCCCCAUCCAAACCCGCAAACUGUCCCUCAGUUCUGCCAUGGGCUGUAGGAGCGGAGCUUUGGACCUGUCGACGGCCACUUCGUCUGCGGCCGGCAGCCCGACGUCCACCUACAACCCCCUCGUCUCCUCCCCGCCACCCACCUGCACCAAAGCCCCUCUGGACCUCAGCCGGGGCCCCGGCUCACCCGAACUCGCACCCUCGGCUCCCGAAGAGGGCGGGGAGCUGCCGCGUAUAGACGCCUUUUGUGGGAAACUGCGCAGGAGCAUUCGGCGAGCUGUUCUGGAGUCAGUGUCAAUGGACAAGUUCAUUCCCGAGACGCCCGUGUCGAGUGAGACUGGAGAUCUGUCGCCCUGCCGAUCUCCAUCCACCCCACGACACCUGCGCUACAGACAGCCUGCAGGUCAGUCUCCCGACAGCUCCCGCUGUUCCGUCUCUCCGGCCUCCGCGUUCGCCAUCGCCACGGCCGCGGCUGGACACGGCAGCCCACAAGGAUUCGGCAACUCGGAGAAAACAUACGACAAAGAGUUCCUCAUCCGCAGGGCCGCAUCCAACCGAGUGCUCAAUGUUCUGCGUCACUGGGUUUCCAAACACUCGCAGGACUUUGAGAUGAACGCCGAGCUGACGACGGCCGUGAUUUCUCUCCUGGAGGAGGUGCUGAGAGAUCCUGAUCUACUGCCUCAGGAACGGAAGGCAACGGCCAACAUACUGAGUGCUUUAUCUCAAGACGACCAGGACGACUCGCAGCUUAAGAUCGAAGACAUCGUGCAGAUGACUGUCGUGUUUAUUUUCCAGUCUGAGUGUCCGAGGUCAGAAUGCUUCGAGUCGCUCUCCGCUAUGGAGUUCGCUGAACAGAUCACACUGUUGGAUCAUGUAGUGUUCCGGAAUAUUCCAUACGAAGAGUUUCUCGGUCAGGGCUGGAUGAAGACGGACAAAAACGAAAGAACGCCGUACAUCAUGAAGACCAGUCAACACUUCAAUGAUAUGAGUAAUCUGGUGGCUUCUGAGAUCAUGGGUCAUGCAGACGUCAGCUCCAGAGCCGGAUCCAUCGAGAAGUGGCUGGCCGUGGCAGACAUCUGCCGCUGUCUCAACAACUACAACGGUGUCCUGGAGAUCACAUCUGCCCUCAACCGCAGCGCCAUCUACAGGUUAAAGAAAACAUGGGCCAAGGUCUGCAAACAGACCAAAGCGCUCAUGGACAGACUGCAGAAAAUCGUUUCAUCUGAAGGGAGAUUUAAGAACCUGAGAGAAACUCUGAAGAACUGUAACCCUCCGUGCGUGCCCUAUCUGGGCAUGUACUUGACGGAUCUGGCGUUUAUUGAGGAAGGAACGCCGAACUUCACUGAGGAGGGUCUAGUCAACUUCUCUAAAAUGAGGAUGAUUUCACACAUAAUAAGAGAAAUCCGUCAGUUUCAGCAGACCCCCUACAGGAUCGAGCUUCAACCUAAGGUAACGCAGUACCUUCUUGACAAGACUCUUGUAAUGGAUGAAGACACGCUGUAUGAAUUAUCUCUGAAGAUUGAGCCACGUCUCCCACCCCUCAACUAAACAAAGUGACUGCAGAAGGAAGAUAUCAGAAGUGAGAAGCGUUUAAUAUCAAGUAGAAACAGUUGGUGGGAAUCCAUCCAUACAUCUGAUGCGAAGUCUGAAAACAGCAACUUGGCCGUGUAACAAUUCAACUCCAUAUCGUUCUUGCGUAGGUGAUAUUUCUGCUUUGACAUGUGAACAUUAAAAACAUUGCAUAUUACCACAGAAUGUAUGUAAGCAUGGAAUGGACGUUGUUUGAAAUAAUUUGGGUAUCAUGAUUGUAAUGAUGCAAACUCAGGUUUAAAUGUGCCUUUUUGUAUAUUAUGUACAGUUCUAAUAUUUAAUGGUACAUAUUUUUAGCAUGAUACAUUUCAGCAUCUGCAAAUGUUUUCCCCGAAUGUUCAUGACGUUUUUAGAAGACCCAUCAUUCCUUUGCUAUCACAUUUAAGAAGUUUUGUAUGUGUGUAAAUCUAUAUUUUGAUGUAUAUGAAUGUGUGUUGAAUGAACAGUGUUUACCUGUAACUGGCUGAUCCUAUUCUGACCGAGAAUCCCCAUCAUUCCUCCGCUUUCAAACUUCUGCUCGUGUGGAGGCAACACCUCCAUCUACUGGAGUUGAAUGGCUUUACCAAGCCCCUUGAUAGUUUACCAGAUCAAAUCCAUGUGACUAUAGUCAUUUAUUAAUGCUAUAGUACACGGCUGCAUUUUGCCAUGAAGCUGCAUCUGUUUAUUUAGCAUGUUCAUUUCUGUCAGUAGAUGUGUUUUUGAGGCAUGAAUCUGAAUUUAAAUAUAAGCUGCAUAUUUCAAAUAAGAACUUCUCAUUUAUUUUACGUUUCUGAGUUUAACACCAGAAGAUUCUUUGGUUAUGUAGGUCUUCUUAUGACACUCUUAUGAAAAAGAUCUGCCCAACGAUCACUAUAUUUAUUUAUCAUUGUAUGUAUGUACAUGGUCCUUAAAUGCAUGUCAAAGAAUGCCAUGGUAAUACCGUAGUACCAAAAAAUGCUUUUGGUGAGUGCAGAUGAAGUUGUUUACUUCGACAUUAACAGAAAAUCAUUGUCGGUUUACAGGUUGUUUUCAGAAAAAACACACCCAUUUUUUGUCCAAAGAAAAUAAGUUAUUGUUUGAUGAAUGCAUUUUUAAGUUUAACAUCUUUAACUUUAUUUAAUUUUAGUGUAUUGGUUUAUUUUCUGUAAAAUCGUCACAAACUAAUUGUUGUGUUGUUUUUGUUGUAAAUGUACUAAAUUCAUCCGCGGUUUCUUGACAACUGUUUUGAUAAAAACUCCAGACACAAAUGUAUCCAUCAUGUAUGUUUUUAAAACUUCUGAAAUAAAACUGUCUUUUCAUCUGUAUGUUUGAGCACAAAUCUCUCUCUCUCUCUCUCUCUCUCUCUCUCUCUCUCUCUCUCUCUCGAUCAAAUGUUAUUUGAUGAAUGGAUAAAAUCAGUAAUUGUAAAUGUAAGAAAGUAUAUACAGUAUAGUCCACAGGUGACAAAUAAAGGUUGUAAGUCUCUGUAUU